AUGGCUCUUAUUCUAAGAAUAUGUAAAAGAUCCACAAAAACAUUGACUUGUCAGAGGUCAAGACAGGUACGUUUAUUGUCGAACGAUGUUGUAACACAAUUUCAAAAUCUUCUGGGUGAAAGCAAUGUCUCAAUAGCUGAAACUACGCGCCAGCAUCAUGGUCAAGAUGAAUCACCAUUUCCUGGUGCCAUGCCUGAUGUAGUAGUAUCUCCUAAGAAUACGGAACAAGUGAGCUCUGUCGCUAAAAUAUGCUACGAGCGUAAACUACCAAUGAUACCGUAUGGCACUGGAACUGGGCUGGAAGGUGGCGUUUGCGCUGUAAAAGGUGGCGUAUGUCUGGACUUAAGCCAAAUGGAAGAAAGUAUAGAUGUUAAUAUGAGCGACCUUGAUGCAACCGUAACCGCUAGCAUAACGAGGAUUGCCUUAAAUAAUUAUUUACACGAUACUGGGUUGUGGUUCCCUAUAGAUCCAGGUGCUGAUGCAUCAUUGUGCGGAAUGGUAGCUACCAGUGCAUCUGGCACGACGGCAGUAAGAUAUGGAACAAUGCGCGAAAAUGUAAUUAAUCUUGAAGUUGUUCUUGCUGAUGGCUCUAUCCUGCAUACAGCUGGAAAGGGGCUACAUCCUAGAAAGACCGCUGCUGGAUACAAUUUAACCAAUCUAUUCGUUGGUUCAGAGGGUACUUUGGGCAUAAUUACCAAAGCGACUUUACGCCUAUAUUCAAUUCCAGAAAAAAUGUCUGCGACGUGCUCGUUUCCAUCAACAGAAGAUGCGAUUAACAGCGUCGAGCAGAUCCUACUAUACAAUGUACCCAUCGUUAGAAUUGAAUUUCUGGACGAGAGUGCUGUUGACGCAUGCAACAAAUAUUCCCACUUGGACCAUCCAGUACAGCCUAUGAUAUUUUUAGAGUUUUACGGCUCGAAAGCAGAAAUUGAGAGUCAAGUUGAUAUUGUCGAAGAAGUUAUAAGCAGCCAAAAUGGAACUGAAUUAAAGUGGGCAAAAACAACUGAAGAACAUAGUAAGCUUUGGAAGGCUCGUCACAAUGCCUUAUAUGCUGCCAAGGCUUUGAGGCCAGGAUCAAAAGCAAAAAUUACCGAUGUUGCGGUACCGAUAUCAAAGCUUGCGGAAAUACUAACGAAAACAAAAGAAGAAAUCAAGAAAGAAGAUCUUCUUUGCUGUAUUGUGGGACAUGUUGGCGAUGGUAAUUUUCAUUGCUUGGUUAUGCACGAUCCCUCAAAUCAGCAGGAAUUAGAGAAAAUAGAGGCUUUCAGCUCAAAAUUAGCAAUAUUCGCUCAAGAUCUAGGUGGGACAUGUACCGGUGAACACGGCAUCGGACUUGGUAAAAUGAAAUUGCUAGAACGUGAAGUAGGAAAUACUGGAAUGUCGGUUAUGAAAUCAAUUAAGAAGGCCUUAGAUCCACAUAAUUUAUUGAACCCUGGUCAUACCGUCGAAAUUAAGCUAAGUGAAAUAGUCUUAUCUCAAAGUUAG